AUGGAAACUGAACCGCAGAGCCCGGCGCUUCUUGAGCGCAAGCAAUUCGGAAACCACCUGCCUCCGCCUACUCGCACCAUCGCUCCCGGGGACAAGCUCCCACCUCCACGUCGCGUCUCUUCUGGGUCCGAUUCGUCAGACGAAUCAGACGAAGAGGAAGAUUUGAAGCUGAAGAUCGACCUUUUACCAGACGCCAGCAGAGCUUCCCGGAGGUUGCCGCUCAUCGACUGCCACAACUACUCGGAGUUCAACAUCCACGUUCCAGCGUACUCGGCUGCAUGUGCGGUCUCUGCGCAUAUGGUGGCAGUCGUCACUGGUCACCAGCUCCGCGUGUACGACCUGUCGUUGUCCGAAUCGCCCGUGAUGAACCUGGACUCUAAACGAGGUGAUUUCGGCCCGAAGUUCAAGGACCUCAAGCUCACCUGUGUCGAGUUCCGGCCCACUGUGGACGAUGCCGAUCACGGCGCGCUUCUCUGGGUUGGCACCAAGGAGGGACACCUGCUCGAGGUCAACCUCCGCCCGGGCACUGUGACGGCGAUCCGGCCUGUCAUCCACGCGCACUCGGUCGUCCACAUGUUCCGUUACGGCCAGUCGAUGAUCUCUAUGGACGACACGGGCAAGACGCUGGUGUUCACCGCUCCUCCGGGCGCCGACCUGGACCUUGCAACGCAAGUGCCCCGUGUCACCCGCGUCUCAGAAAAGCAAGACUUUGCGCGCAUGCUCGGCGGGCGGCUGUGGACGUCCUCACGCGACUCAUCGAAGGACCUCUCGGCGGGCUCGCGCGGGCCGUACAUCCGCGUGUACGACGUGUUCACGCCGGGCAGCGUCGGACGCUCGCUGCUGCCAACACAGCACCUCGGCGCGGUCUCGGCGGGGACGAUGCUCGCGUCGGACCUGGGGCGCGUCUACCUCGGCCACGAAGGUGGGCACAUCUCCGUGUGGGAGACCGGCGACGGGGACACACCGCCCCAGUGCGUCGAGGUCGUCAAGAUCUCGUCGUCGGAUGUCCUCAGCCUCGAGGGCGUCAACGACCGGCUCUGGGCGGGAACGCGGAAGGGCACGAUCUCAGCGUACGACAUCACGUCAAAGCCGUGGACCGUCACGAACUGCUGGAUGGCACACCAAAACCUUCCUGUGCUUAGACUCAUGGUGGACACUUGGAGCAUGGAGAAGCUUGAUCGACUUGUCGUCUACAGCGUCGGCCGGGACGAGCGGUUGCGGUUCUGGGACGGAUUGCUAGGCAUCGACUGGAUCGAGCAAGAGCUACUCAAGCGCGAAACCGAGUUCUGCACAUACCGUAACGUGACGGCGCUUAUCGUUUCGUGGAACCUCGACUCGGCCAAGCCUGACGCACUCAACGGCGCCGCGGAGAACAUCAACUUCCUCCAGGACGUGCUUCGCUCGAUGGACCGUCCGGAUAUAAUCGUGUUCGGCUUCCAGGAGAUGAUCGACCUCGAGUCGCGCAAGAUGGCUGCAAAGACGGUGCUGCUCGGGGGCAAGAACAAGAGCUCAGACGGGUCGCUUAGCCAGAAGGUGACGACGGCAUACAAGAAGUGGUACGAUCGCUUGACCCAUACAGUCCGGCUCGCGAUGCCCGUGGACGAGCCGUACACGGUCAUCCACACCGAGAGUCUCGUCGGCCUGUUCUCGUGCGUGUUCGUGAAGAACACGGAGCGGAUCAAACUUGACCACGCCUCGCUCACCACCGUCAAGCGUGGUAUGGGCGGGCGAUACGGGAACAAGGGUGCGAUCAUCUCGCGGUUCGUCAUCGACGACACCUCAGCUUGCUUCAUCAACUGCCAUCUUGCCGCGGGUCAACGGCAUGUCCGUCAGCGGAACGCUGAUGCGGCGGCGAUCGUGGAGGAUGACUCGCUCCCGGCCGAGGGGGUGGGUGAGGGCGCUGCUGGGUACAUCAACGGAGGCGACGGCUCCAUGGUCCUUGACCACGAGAUUGUUUUCUUGCAAGGGGACAUGAACUACCGCAUCGAUCAACGACGCGAAGCCGUCAUCGCCUCGAUCAGGGCCGGAGAGCUCCCCUCGCUCGUGGUGCACGACCAGCUUCGGAAAGAGAUGAAGUUCAACCGAAGCUUCAGGCUCCGCGAGUUCCUCGAGGGUCCGCUCGACUUCAUCCCGACAUACAAGUACGACCGGCGCUCGGACGAAUUCGACAGCUCGGAGAAGGCGCGCGCGCCGGCGUGGUGCGACCGCGUGCUCUGGCGGUCGCAGGUGCCCGCGCGGGUCGAACAGGUGCACUACCGUCGCUGGGAGGCGAACGUGAGCGACCACCGCCCGAUCUCGGCGGGCUUCCGGAUCAGCGUGAAGAGCAUCCACCGGGACUCGCGCGAGCGGGUCAAGGUGGAGGUCAAGGCGCGCUGGCAGGCAGUCGAGCAGAGCUUGCUGGGCGCGGCGAGACAGUACUAUAUCGACCAGCAGCUUAUCUGA